CUAGGAUCAAAGUUCUGGACAUUUUUGCAGAUCAUGACUUAAAGUCUGUUCUCUCUCGUCUGGUUGAACUACCCAUGGAAGAAGGGUUGAACGCAGCUAAGAAUCGGCUGCAGGAUCUUGGAGCCCUCACACUAGAUGAAAAGCUUACUCCCCUGGGGUAUCACUUGGCCUUUUUGCCAGUGGAUGUCCGCAUUGGAAAACUGAUGUUAUUUGGUGCAAUCUUCCGUUGCCUAGAUCCUGCGCUUACCAUUGCAGCCAGCUUGGCCUUUAAAUCCCCCUUUGUUUCUCCGUGGGAUAAGAAGGAAGAAGCCAGAGAAAAGAAGUUGGAAUUUGCUGUUGCUCAUAGCGACUUUCUUGCUUUUCUCCAGGCCUACAAGGGAUGGAGUGUUGCCCUAAACGUGAGCUCUCAAGCAGCAUACAGUUACUGCAGACAGAACUUUUUAUCUGGAAGAAUACUACAGGAGAUUUCGAGUAUGAAGAGACAAUUUGCAGAGCUGCUAUCUGAUAUUGGUUUUGUGAAGGAAGGACUAAGAGCCAGAUACAUUGAAAAGAUGUCAUCACGGGGAGGGGAUGGAAUCAUUGAGGCCACUGGCCAAGAG